CCUUGUAAAGUUGACAUUUGCGAGCAACGAACUCAUUUCUUCUACAAUUUUUACCAAAUAAUUAUAUUAUCGUAGUUAGUAGUUGUUGUCAUAGUGGUAGUAUCUAUGGUAACGAGAAAAAAAAACAUUGAAUUAGUGGAGGUAUGAACGAUGACCAAUAAGACGUCGGUCCCGUUUCAAUGCGUUCUCCAGUAGGUCCUCGAGCACCAUGGAAAAGGACCAAUGAGGAUGGUCGUUGGAGUGGCGCGCUACUUCCUUUCGAAGUUUCUCGAGGAUUUCGAUCGAAUUCUCGUUGAAAAGGCUUUUUACCCCUUUCAGAAUAUAAAUUGCUUUACUGUGAUACGGUUGGUUCACACUGUACGCGCGAUUAUGAAGUGUCUUUCGUAAAAUUCGUUCAAAUUUACAUUCUAAUACUUACCUUCCUGCUCGAUUGUUUUUUAGUUUUUAUUUUUACAUUUAUAAUAAUAUCAAUUAAUUAUUAUUAUUAUUAUUAUUAUUAAUAAAAUAUAAUUAAUCACAUCAUGGAGUCCUGUGGAAUGAGCUUGAUCAAAUACAUCCUUUUUGUCUUUAAUUUAAUCUUCGCUAUCUCUGGUAUUGGAAUAAUCGUAGCUGGAGCAUUAGUUCUUGGUGAUGUCGGUGAAUUUAGUCAUUUUGUCGAAGGAAGGAUAAUGGCACCACCAAUUGUUCUCAUAAUUGCUGGUUGCAUUGUUUUUAUUAUAGCUUUUCUUGGAUGUUACGGUGCCAUCAAAGAACAUUAUAAUAUGCUGAUAGCGUUCGCAGCUGCGCUAUUGAUCAUUUUCGUGAUCGAACUAGCAGUUGGUAUAGCAGCGGCAGUAUUUAAAAAUGAUUUCAGUAUGGCUAUGAAGGAUACGUUGAAAGAAUCGAUGAAGAAUUAUACCGACGAAGACAAGUUUGCUUGGGAUAAUGUGCAAAACAAGUUAAUGUGCUGCGGAGUAGAUGGGCCUAACGAUUGGAGUUCGACCAAUGCUUACAUUGGAACAUUACCACCUUCUUGUUGCAUGAAAAUGCAAAAUCCUUGUGCUAUUGGUAGUCCUGAUGUUAAUAAAGAUGGUUGUUUUGAAAAAUUAAAAAUGCGUGUUCAAAAAGGUGCUACUAUAUUGAUCGGUGUAGGAAUUGGUAUUGCAUUUGUCGAGGUAGCUGGUAUAAUACUUGCUUGUUGUCUAGCUAUGGCAAUAAAAAGAGAGACCGAUAAAUGAAACGAGAUUGUUUAACAUUUCUUACGAAUAUUUUCAGUUAGAUUAUUUUUUUUAUUGAAUUUAGAUAAUUUACAUUUUAAUUACAAUAAGCUGGUCUUCGUAAUUUUAACGUAAGAAAUUGAAAGUGUUAAGUCAUUGCUUCCUCAUAUUCGAAAUAAUUUAUAAUACAAAUAAUAU